UUCGGCCUUCUUAAGGUUACUUUUCCCACUGCCUUACAGGUGAAUGGAGAGGAUGUUCAGAACUGUAGCCACGAGGAGGCUAUGGAAGUCUUUCAGCGCGCCCCUGAUCCCAUCAUCGUGGUGGAGGUGAUGCGACGACCCCAACCAUCAUCCACCACCUCCCCUCCCGCUUUUCCCACUCCUCUGGUUGGCGGGGGCGGAGGGCUGUGCGGUAGUGGUAGUGGACCAGGAGUCGGCGACUCCAAUAGCGAGAUGAGCAGUGUCCUCUCGAGCCGACGCGGUAUCGCUAGCGGAAGCGGUUCCACUCGUUCCGUUGCAGUUCAAACCGUCUUUAGUGCAGGCGAAAUGGCUGCAUCAUUGGCAAUUGCGGCGGCUUCUUUUGCUCAACAGGAGGCGCGAAUGGCACUGCUUGGUGAACCUGCUUCCUAUGAUGUGCCAGGAAAGCAUUCAACAGACUACCUACUUGGAGUCUCCGGUGCUGGCGACGGAGUGGAGGAUGAGGAUGGCUUGGAUGAAGAAGAUGAGGAGGAAGGAAAUGCUGAGGAUGUCGAUGAUGCUGUAUUUGGUGUCGAUGAAGUCGGAUGCCUCGAUUACAUCCUCAAACAGUAUCCUUGUAGCACAAAUGGCGUUCUACCGUCCUUCUGUCACCCCCAUGCCUUUGCACAACCAAUUGACUCUGUCUACGCUAACUUUCCAGAAAACCCUGCCUCCUCCUCCUCCGCUUCUGGUAACUUGCCUACUGGUGAUUAUACAACCGGCGCAUCCGAGAAGUGCUUUGAGGUGAUUCUACAAAAACAGUCGACCUCGGAUAAGUUCGGACUAACCCUGUGCUAUCGACCCAGUGAUGUUCAACAGAAUUUUACAGAGGUCUAUAUCAGCGAGAUCGAGCCUGGAAGCGUGGCUCAUCGAUGCGGUCAAAUCAUGUUGGGUGAUCGGGUGGUGAAAAUCGGAGAUCAGGAGAUCACCUCACGGGAGCACGUGAUGGAUCUCUUUCAAGGCUGUGGACUCUGUGCCAAGAUCACCCUCAUGAGACAAGCAUUGUGGAAACAACCGUCGGGUCGUCUACAGCCUUCCUACCCCACUCAUCCCUACCCCGAUUCAACUCUUGACAUCGGUAUCACCAAUGCCGCCUAUGCUCACUUACCGGAUCAGGACUCUGGUAUGGGAAGAACAACAGAUGACAGUGUGAGGACCGAAGAGAGCUCGGAGCAGGAGGCGGAAGAACACAAGGCACUGUUGAUGAACCCCUGGCCUCUCUUCGACCCCAAUGUCAGCAAUCCUGGAAGUGCUAGCCAACCCCUUCCCCCCACUACUACCACCGCGGCUGCCUCCACUGCUGCCGCCGGCACCGCCACGGGGCUAGCGCAGGUGGCGGCAGCGGCCUUUCUGGCCUCCCCUGCCAACACCCACCUCCUCGAUAACGAGCUGAUUCACCUGAGUCAGCUGAUGCAGUCGCUUGCUAUGCACUGUCACAAGCUGGCCUACGUGAAGAUGUGUGGCUGCUUACAGCCCAAAGAAGGGUGCAAUGCUGCGACAACAGCCGAUGCGGAUGGGUCGGAGUUGGGAGUUGGAUCGGCACCAACGGUAGAAAGAGAGGUUUCGGGUGAUAGCGAAAGGGGGACUGAGGACACCUCGCCUAACAAGGCGCGGCAAACCCCAAGAAUGGGACUAGGAGCCACCUCCACAUCUCACAAAGCCUCUUCUGCCAACGGUAUCGUAAGGUCCAAAGGUUGGUGA